AUUUUUUCGUGAUUAUUUAACAAAAAAAUCCACAUCAACGACAACAACAACAAUGGCAUUGAAUAAUUAAAUAAAUAUAUACCUUACUACAACACCAAGCAAAACGAGUCCAAACACACCAAAAGACAUAUUCCUUACACAAGACGUGUUCCUAAAUCACGACGUUUUCGUGAAUGAAAAUAAACUAGAAUUAGAAGUACCACCUUGGCACUUAAAGACAAAAAAGGAGAUAGAACGCAUGAUGAAGCAAAGAUGAAGAACUAAGCGACAACCAAAUACUAGAAACGAUUUGGCUUGUAUCAUAUAUGUAAUAUUAGAAAAAUUCAAAAGCAGAAAAGUUUGGAUUUAAUUCUACUAUGGGUAAAACUUUAUUGAGAAAAGUACUCCUUGUUUUUGUUUCAAUUUUGUUACUUCUUAUAAUGAUGAUCCGGACUCCGGUUUAUAAACAAAACUUAACUUUUAAAAGAAUUAACCAAACUAACAUAAUGAACCAAGAUUGUUUUAGAAAUCGCUUUAAAACGACUCUUCUAAUUAUUGUAUACAACUCUCCUCUUUAUAAACAUUUGAAGCUACUUCAAAACUUAUACGUUAAUGGUUUUCUAAACAUGUUUUUUUGUGGACCAGAGGACGCAACAUCACCUUCUUGGAUUUUAAAAAGUGUAACAUCUAAUGGAUAUUUUACUUACGAAGAAUGCACCGCACGAAUUAUGAGUAUUUAUCCUAAUUAUACCGGGUAUUUAGUAAUUAACGAUGACUUGUUUUUGAACUACUUAAAUAUAAAAAAUUUUAACUUGUUUCAAAUUUGGGAAGGACCAUUACCUACUAAACUUACUGAUACUCAUUCAAAACCUAUAGAUUGGUAUUGGUGGAACACUCCGUGGGGCGUAAACAAAUGUUUUAAAGCUUUAGAAAAAGUUCGUUUACUUAACAAGUAUGUUAAUCUUCAACCAAAUUUAAGUGAGGCACCCGAAAAUGGUAAUUGGUUAAACAUUGUUUCAGGCAAAGAUAUAUGCUACGGUGCAAGAGCUGAUAUUUACUAUAUUCCCGUCAGUAAAGCGAAAAGUUUUAUUGAACUUUCAAAUAUUUUUAAAGAAGAAAGUGUGUUUUUAGAAAUAGCAGUACCAACAAUAAUAACAUUUCUUUCAAAUGAUACUCUAAGAUUGAAUGGCAUUUACAUGCCCGAUCAACACAAUUUAUAUAAAAAUGUUUUAAAAUGUUACCAUUCAGACUUAAUCUUUAUACAUCCUGUAAAAAUGAACUACGGUGAAGAUUCUCUCAAUAACAUAAAGUUUUUAAAAAGUUACUCACACAAUGCUUCUGUUAGCAUUAGUUGUUAGUUUAAUCUAACCAAGUUUUGAGUUCAACCUCAAGCAUUUAAGUUCUUUUAUCCUAUCUAAAUAUUUUAUAUAAUGUGUUUUUUGUGAAGAUUUUCUUUUUAACUAAACUUUUUAAAUUACUGUAAACAAGACUUUUUAACAAAAACUUUUUUGAACUAAAUAG